AUUAUAUACCCUGUAGAAUAAAGGCAUCGGAAACAUCGAGUUAUAGUAAGUGCUCGAUUUCUGCCGACAGGCGCAUGCCGUGCUCCUAACAGUUGGUAUCGUACAUGUUGUGCUGGACGAUCUAUAGUUCCUAAUAAUUCUGGAAUUUCCUUUGUAGUCCAGUGCUUUCUGCUUUCUUGGUCUACGUCCUGCAAGGUCCGCAUGGACUUCGAUAUAGAAAGGACCGUCGCUUACCACUCGCCCUCCGCCUGGAUUCCAACGCAGAAAGUACUCGCCCUGUCAAUGUGACUCAGGAAAGGAGAGGUUUGGCCUCCUAAAAUUUUCAAAUCCGAAGUCCCCUCUUCUUCACAACCAUGAUCAUGGCGGUUGGAUUCUUGUCGCUUCCUGCAGAGCUCAUAUGCCACAUUCUAAUCCUUCUUAGCCCCAGGGAUAUUAGUCGCUGUGCAAUGACCUGCAAUACCUUUUCGGUUGUGGUCCAGAAUUCUGUCCACAUCCAAUACAAGCUUGAAAUCAAUGCUCAGGGCUUGAUUAGUACUGAGACCACUACCAUGAACUCGACCGGCGUUUCCAGAAAGACUCUGUGUUCGCUCAAGAAAUUGGCAUCUUUGUGGCGAUCUGACUUCCGUGCGACCACAACCUUUGAAGCAGUGGUUCCCAUAGAUUUUCCGUCGCCAUGGCCACUCCAAUCUGGGAAAUGUGGGCUUUGGCGGUUACCUAGUGGACGAUUUCUACAUUCAGGAUUGCAACACGAAUCCUACACACUCCCGGACGUGGUCUAUCGAUGAUAUAUAUCCACGACACUGGACUCCGUGCCAUGAUGCCUUCGACCCUCUGCAGGAUCUUAUGGUUGUAGUUUCUAAGCCUUAUAUUGGCUGUAUCACUGUGACUAGUGCAGAACAAGAUCACCGUGUCUUUUGGACAGAGUUUCGACUGGCUUCAUCCCAGCGUCCACAUCCGGAUGCUGCGUGCGCUUCCUUGGAGUUCAGACAUACCUUUGAUGCACCUGGCUAUUAC